AAGAGCUUUGUGGAGGCUGGUGUCAGCCCUCUUUUGGGUACUCUUAGAGGUCAAGAUAGAGGAUCUAUCAAGGAGAAGAUCAAGGAUUUCAAUUACCUCAAAUUAGUGAUUUAUGCAUGAACUUGAGAAAGAAUUGCGUAGAUUAGACCAAUAAUAAUAUAAACCGUGUGCUAGACUAUGAGACCGAGAGGUAAUUAGCUCACAUGUGUGCAUCAGAAGUUGUGGCAGAUAUCAUUAAUGUGGAGAAAGAAGUAGACAACGAAAGUGACAGUGAUGAUAUUGAGACAAGUGAAUCUAAUUCAAAAACCAAAUACCAGAGGAGCACAGAUACUUUAGAAAGUAUGAGAGGAAGUGGAUUGGGCCUACAGGAGGAACCUACAAAAAAAGGAUUGAGCCAAAUACGCAGGAUAAAUGUAGAAAUGAAGAGGGCCGAAUGGGCCAAUGACCCAAUUGUAAGAGAUCAAAGGAGAAAUAAUGUUAGGCCCAGCUUAGAUCAACAAGAAGCAUCGGGACAACAGGAGAAAGGAAGUCACCAAAACAAUAGCCCAUCCGAGACAGAGCAGGGGAGCGAUAGUGGUAACAGGAAGGAACAAAUGGGUGACAACAACAAAUCAGAAAAGAAAAGCAAGAGAAAGAGGACAAAAACGUGCAGCUCAAUGUACAAAAGAGCAACACUCCUAGGAUUGUUGAACCAGAAGAAGGGAAGAGGUAAACCCAAGUGGAGCCAAGUAGAAAGAAAAAGAAUUCCAGAGUUCCUGCCAAGCACGAGCAACUUGGUGGCUGGAGGUUCAGUGGGUGACAGUGGCAUAGAAAACUGUAAUAGGUUAUUGAAGGAGCAUCCUAACAAGAAAAUUGUAGGGGAUUUGUGGAAUUUUGCAAAAAAUUUAGGCGUGGUGGCAAAGGACGAGGAAGGGGUCAUCAAGAAACUUGAGAUGGAGGCCAGAGACAAAAAAGCUAAGGAAGCGGAGAUCCCAAAGGGAGCAUGCACAAUACAGAAGGAAAUUCACUUGGUACCAGUCCAACGGAAAUUCAUGAGCAGGAUUGAUAGAGUUCUUUUGUCUAAUGGAUGGUUAGCUAAGUUGGGUGAGGCAAGACAGUGGGGAUUAUGUGGAUCAGUUUCUGACCACUGCCCAAUUUUGCUUAGACAUCAACAAGUUGAUUGGGGCCCUAAACUUUUCAGAUUCUUCGAUGUAUGGUUGGAGCAUGAGGAGUGCAAAGAGUUGAUUAAAGAUGUGUGGUGCAAUACAAAUAUUCAUGGUUGGGCAGGAUUCCGACUCAAAAGAAAAACUAAAGAGGACAAAGGAGGCAUUAAGGAGCUGGAGCAAAAACUUAUCCUCGAAGUUGACAAAAGAAUAAACGAUUCUACAGUAGUAAUUGCUCAGACAAAUAUGAAAGGGGAAAACGGCUAACUCUUAGAGGAAAUCAAGAGAAGAAAGGAGGCUUUCAUAGCACUAUGGGACGAUAUAAGGCACAAGGAAAGCAUGUUGCAGCAGAAAUCAAGGAAAGCAUGGCUGGUCAAUGGGAAUGCCAACACAAAACUCUUCCAUAACUGUGUGAAGAGUAGAUGGAAGAGGAAUGAAAUGAACAGCUUACA